AUGUUUUUCCUGAUCCUGAAUGGAGUGGGCAUCCCAGGAAACUCCAUUAUUUUGGGCGUCUUCACUCACAUCGCAUUUACUGAGAGGAAACUCCUGCCAGCUGAUGUUCUUGUGGCCCACCUGUCCUUUGUCAAUCUGUUUUUGAUUCUCACCCAAGGGAUCCCUCAGACCUUUUCAGCUUUUGCCUAUAAGGACUUGUAUAAUACCCCAUUCUGCCAGUUCCUGACCUUUACUUCAAGGGUCACCCGAGCUCUCUCCAUCUCUCUGACUUUCCUCCUCAGCAUUUACCAGUGCAUCACUAUUGCAGCUGCAUCUUCCCGUCUUUCCUACCUCAAGCCCAAACUGUCAGAGUGCCUUUGGCAUCUGCUUGUCUUCUUCUGGCUUCUUGAUGGUUCAACAACAUAUGCAAGCAUUCUGUAUGGCAGCCAGAUUCAAAAUGUUACUAUACAGCAGUUUACAAUUAAUUUGGGUUACUGUCUUGUGCAGUUUCCCAGUAGGGCUGCAUACGUUAAUAAUGGUAUCAUGUAUCUCACACGGGACCUCCUCUUUGUAAUACUAAUGGCAGCAGCCAGCAUCUACAUUCUGGUAAUUCUGUACCAACACAGAAAAAGAGUCCAGGGUAUCCACAGUCGUGAGCGACUUCAUGGCACAUCAGCGGAGAUUCGAGCAGCAAAGACCGUGGUCACGCUAGUCACACUCUUCGUGAUCUUCUUUGGGGUGGACAAUAUGAUCUGGGUGUACACAUUGACCGAUUCUUAUGUGCCACGCCUGCUCAAUGAUGUUAGGGUUUUAUCUUCCUCAAUGUAUGCUGCUGUGUGUCCAGUCAUUGUAAUCAUUUCCAAUCGGAAAGUCAAGCGACACCUUCAGUGCAGAAAACCGGAGAAGCAAGUAUCCAUAAGUGAGGUGACAGCCAGUAGCACCAGUUAA